AUGGAUGAUGAGAACCUGUCUCACCCCCGGGCCUCGACUCGGUCGCGUCUCCCUCAACCCGGUCUGCGCGAAAUGACCUCUGCAACAACCAAUUCGCGAUCCCACAUUCCGCUACCGGGAAGCAUUGCCAACAAAGCCACCAGUGUCUCUCCGACCCGAUCUAAAGCCCCUAACCCCACGGAUACGAAGCGCUCCGGAUCAAUCAUUCGACAGCCCACCAGCCCGACUAAGACCCAUACCCGCGGAACCUCCUACGCCUCAUCCACCAUGUCCCGAAGCAAUUCAACAGCAACCCGAUCAAUCAAGGGAAGCUUCUCAUCUACCGUCGGUGCUGGCAGUAUUCGACCAGCCUCCUCAAUGGCACGACCAGCUUCUUCGAUCGGUACCCGCAAACUGAACGGCUCGUCAAUCUCUCGCCCCGCCACCUCGAUGGAUACCCGAAUGGACGAUGCCACAGGAAGUGUCCUGGGAAAAAGAAAGGGUAUGCAGUUUUUCUCCUUCCCUCACCGUGUUUUUUCCUUCCCCAAUGGAUCCCUUGGAGGAAUCAGCUCGAAUGGCCCUCGGAGCAGCGACACAACAUCAUCAACUGCCGACAACCCUAUCACUAGCUUGGCCACUCAACUUGCUUCUGUUUCCCUUGCGGAUAGUGGUGUCCCAGAUGUUGUUCCAUGCCCACUAUUCAAGCAACCCCCAACGGAUUACACCCCCCUUCAACCCAAUGAGACCUGCAGCACUCGCAAGCAACCCGCUCCCAUUUUCCUCACCAAAAAUUCCUCUGUUCACGUUUUUAACAGCUGUAUAGAUACCCAAUGGGACCACGAGCUUAGAGAAAAGCAUAUGAACGACAUGUUUGAAGUCUUCAUGUCACGGAUGAACCAGCAAGGCCAAAACAGUGCCGGCCUGAAGGAAUCGGUCGAUUUCUACAAGACCCGAAUUGACGAGCUUGAGAAAACUCGCGACACCCUCACAGAAAGCAAUACGAACCUACGGGUUGAGAUGGAGCUCUUGAAAACGCAAUUAAUAACUGCCGAGCAGUCCUUGAAGGUUGCUCAACGAGACCAAGAGAUCGCCAUGGAUGAUCUCGAAAUGCGCCAGCGGAUCGAGAUAGAAUCCAUUCGACAAGACAGCAAAAAAGACGCAGAGGCGCUGAGUGCUCGCCAUAAAAUCGAAAUGCAAGACCUUCGACGGCAGUUCGAAAAUGAAAUUGAAGAUGAGAAGGCAGCUCGGGUUCGUGAGCUCGGGAAAAUGACGUCGAAAAACGCCUCUGCCUUGCAAGAAUCGGAAAUAGAACUCAAAAGCAAACUCCGCGAGAUUGACUCGGUUAGCAGCUUGUUGGAGAGCACGAAAGCUGAAUUGGACCGCGAGCGAAAGCACACCAACGAUCUCCGUCAGAAUCUAGACACGGUCAGCAGCAACAGCGUCACUUUGGAGUCCACGAUUCGAGCCCUCAAGGCCCGGAUUGAGUUCCUCGAGGGCGGCCGGGAGGAACAAUCCGAAGCGUUUGAGCGAUGCAAUCAAGAUAUGAUGGACGCUCUAGCUGAAACCGAUGCGGUCAAGGAGAAGCUACGCAGAGAGGAAACACUCCGUCGCAAGCUUCACAACCAGGUCCAGGAACUGAAGGGAAAUAUCCGUGUCUUCUGCCGUGUCCGUCCGUCUUUGAAUAACGAGCCUGCCUCCCACCUCGCCGCCAUGCAAUAUCCCGAUGAGUCUGAGGACGCCAAGGAGAUUAAUAUCAUGGGUCCUGAAGAGAAGAGCAGUCUUGGCACCGUCUCGCGUAAGAAUAACAACUUCUCCUUCGAUCGCGUUUUUGGCCCCCGCACGCAGAAUGGAGAGGUCUUUGACGAAAUCAGUCAGCUUGUCCAGAGUGCUCUUGAUGGCUAUAAUGUUUGCAUUUUCUGCUAUGGUCAGACUGGCAGUGGUAAGACACACACCAUGUCUUCCCAGGAUGGUAUGAUCCCACGGGCCGUUCAUCAAAUAUACGAGACCGCACAAGGUCUGGAGGAGAAGGGCUGGCGCUAUACGAUGGCUGGAAACUUCGUGGAGGUGUACAAUGAGAACUUGAAUGAUUUGCUCGGUAACCCCGAUGAGUUGGAUAAGAAGAAGCAUGAAAUCCGCCACGAUAUGCAGCGCGGCAAGACAAUAAUCACAGAUAUCACGACGGUGCAGCUGGAUUCGCCCGAGAUGGUCGAGUCUAUUCUCAAGAACGCAGAUGCCAACCGCUCUGUGGCAGCGACAAAGGCGAACGAGCGAUCCUCGCGAUCUCACUCCGUCUUUAUUCUUAAACUCAUUGGGGAGAAUCACAUAACCGGCGAGCGCAGUGAGGGUACGCUCAACCUGGUCGAUCUCGCUGGUAGCGAGCGCCUGAGCCAUAGUGGGGCCACAGGUGAACGCCUCAAGGAGACUCAGAACAUUAAUCGCAGUCUCAGCUCCUUGGGUGAUGUGAUUGCGGCUCUUGGCCAAGGAAAGGAUGGUGGUCAUAUCCCAUACCGUAACAGCAAGCUUACCUACCUCCUUCAAUUCUCCCUUGGUGGCAACUCGAAAACCCUCAUGUUUGUCAUGGCCAGCCCGCUGCAGGCACACAUGUCGGAGACCUUGACCAGCUUGAAGUUCGCCACGAAGGUGCACAAUACUCAUAUCGGCACAGCAAAGCGACAGGCGCGUGUUCGCGACACUUGA